AUUUCCUCUGUUAUAUCUAUGAAUCUAAUUUUGAUAAAAACCAAAACCCUUUCUAUGCCCGAAUCUAAAGAAGACAGGUUUGAUCACCCACAACUAUGCCUUCCUUCAAUAUCUCCAUAGCCCUUCUCUGCUUUCUUUGCUUGCUUAGCCUCCUCACCACUAAAAUCACCUCCCAACCUUUGUAUUAUAUCUGUCCAAACACAACCACUUACAGCACUACUCUUAACAGCACCUACCAUGCCAAUCUCAAUCUCCUCCUCUCCAACCUCUCCUCCAACGCCACCAAACCCGACACCGGAUUCUAUAACUUCACUGCCGGUCGAAGCCCCAACGCAGUCUACGGCCUCUUUCUAUGCCGGGGCGAUGUCACCACCAAUCAAUGUCACGAUUGUGUCCGAAAUGCAAGUCAAGAGAUACUGCAGCAGUGUCCCAACAGGACAGUGGCCGUUAUUUGGUAUGACUAUUGCUUAUUACGUUACUCCAACAGAAAUAUUUUCUCCAGUGCGGACACAUCCGUGGCGGUUUAUAUGAUCAACCCACAGAAUGUGACCGAGCCUACGCGGUUUAGGGAGGCGUUGGGGAACAUAAUGGACCAGUUAGCGACUUGGGCUGUGAGUGGUCGCGGGUCAGCUAAGAAUUUUGCAGGUACAGAAACCAAUUACUCAUCGUUUCAGAAGCUGUAUGGACUUGUGCAGUGCACGCCGGACCUGUCUAGUGAUGUUUGCAACAUCUGCCUUCGAGAGGCUAUAGGAAGAUUUCCAAGUUGCUGCGACAUAAAGCUGGGGGGUAGAGUUCUGUUUCCGAGCUGCAAUAUUCGCUACGAGUUUUACCCUUUCUUCAAUCUCACUGCCUCUACAACGCCGGCAUCUGCUCCGGUGCCUGCACCAGCUCUUCCUCUUUCUCCUCCAGCUCCUCCAGUUUCUACUAGUAAAGGAAAUGGGGGACUCUCAACGGCAGAAAUUAUUGCCAUUGUUGUCCCGAUAAUUGUGGCAGUGCUGCUUUUUUCCAUUGGCUUUUGGUGCAUUGUCAUGAAAAAGAAGAAGUACAAUACUAUUAAAGAGGAAUCUGGUGCUGCGGAUGAUAUCACAACAGUACAAUCCUUGUCAUAUGAUUUUGCAACAGUUGAAGCAGCUACAAACAACUUCUCUCCUGCAAACAAAAUUGGUGAAGGUGGAUUUGGUACUGUUUAUAAGGGUACACUUCCAAGUGGACAAGAGAUAGCUGUGAAGAGACUGUCCACAACUUCCCAACAAGGUGCAGAAGAAUUUAAGAAUGAGGUUUUAGUGGUAGCCAAGCUUCAACACAGAAAUCUAGUGAGAUUGCUGGGAUUCUGCUUGGAAGGAGAGGAAAAGAUACUUAUCUAUGAAUUCGUCCCAAACAAAAGCCUUGACUAUUUCCUUUUUGAUCUGGUUAAACAAGUUCUAUUGGAUUGGUCGAAACGUUACAAGAUUAUAGGAGGCAUUGCACGUGGAAUUCUCUAUCUUCAUGAAGAUUCUCGACUUAGAAUUAUACAUCGUGAUCUCAAGGCUAGCAAUGUACUUUUAGAUGAAGAUAUGAAUGCAAAAAUUUCAGAUUUUGGCAUGGCGAAGAUUUUUGGCGUUGAUCAAACUCAAGGAAAUACAAGUAGAAUCGUUGGGACAUAUGGUUACAUGUCUCCAGAGUAUGCGAUGCAUGGACAAUUCUCUGUGAAGUCUGAUGUGUAUAGUUUUGGAGUGUUGAUUCUAGAGAUCAUAACCGGCAAGAAAAAUAGUAAUUUCUAUGAAUUAGACGGUGCCGGAGACCUUCUGAGCUAUGCUUGGAAACACUGGAGGGAUGGAACACCCAUGGAAUUGAUGGAUCCAACACUGGCAGAUUCUCAUUCAAGAAAUGAAGUCAUGAGAUGCAUCCACAUUGGCUUACUGUGUGUUCAAGAAGAUGUGGAUGCCAGGCCCUCCAUGGCAUCAGUGGUUACUAUGCUCAACAGUUAUUCUAUUACUCUACAAUUGCCUCAACAUCCUCCGGUCUUUGGCCAUAGCAGAGCCGAUUCGAGCAUACCAAAAGGGCUGGAGUCAGAUCAAUCUACAAGCAAGUCAGAUCAACCUACAAGCAAGUCAGUCGAAUGGUCUGUGAAUGAAGCAUCAAUUACUGAACUACACCCUAGAUAAUUAAGAUUGAGCUUUGACUUUUCUGUGACUCCCAUUCUAGGGAGGACAAGUUGGACCAGAAGACUUCUUGUGUGUGAUGGGGGGUAAAACUGGAAGAAAAUUGAGUCCUUUCUUGGAAAUUCAUCAUAUGCUUUCUAAUAAGUUAAAUACCCUUGUUCAAUUAGUUCUGAUUUUCUCCACAGGACUCAAGAGGCUGACCUGGUCAAGACGACUUAUAAAUGUGGCUUCUGGUCACUUUGAAUUUUCCUGGGGUGGUCCAGUGUCUCAAUCAGUAUCGACUUAUGUAUCACGUUUUCUGUUUAUCUUAACCACUUCCAUCAAUAUCUACUUUUGUUUUAUUUUGAAAAGUCUCAUGGUGUCGUCUGAAAUGGGGAAGAUGGUUUUCAAAGAUUUUUUUUGGCUACAUUUUGGAGCCAAUUUAUUGUGUUGACAUUUUUACUGAUUCUAGAAAUUUUUUUUUGAUUCA